ACCAUGACGUUCGUGCCGCUGUAUGUAAUCGCUUUCAGCACCACAGCGGCCCUUAUCACAGAGUUCCUGCAAUGGUUCUUCGUGUGGCGCACGCCCGGGUUCAAGGCCCUCAAGGCCAACCUGGCGAAGCACAGCAAGAAGGUGGACGACGCCAAGGACACGGCGGCCAGCAAAAACCUGAAGAAGAAGGAGCAGCGGCUGCAGAACUGGAGGAGUGAGGCUGGGCGGCAAAUAGCGGCGUACAACUGGAAAGCAUCGCUGGUGAUGAUGUUCUGCAUGUUCGCCACCUACAAGAUCAUGAUGCGGCUGUUCUCGACCUUGGGCCCGGUGGGGCGCCUGCCCUUCGAGCCGCCGCCCUUCCUGCAGAAAGUGACGCACCGCGGGCUGGAAAGCGCCGAUGCGCGGGACUGCUCGGCGGUCUUCAUCUUCGUCCUGUGCCAGAGCUCGGUGCGCAUGGUGAUUGGCAAGCUGCUCGACCUGGGCAUGGGGCGGGAGUUCCAGGACAUCAUGCCCACCAUGCCCAAGGGCUUCCCCAGCUUCUUCGAGGACGACAAGAAGGCCAAGUGACCGCCAUUCUGACCUGGCCUGCAGCUCAUGACGCCAUGGCCGCACCCCGCAUGCCUUACGCGUACUUCCUACUCUACCGCUAUGCUUAUGGUCCAUCUCACUUUCCUUCCGGUGCACUGUUUACACUCAGCUUUUUGGCUGGCAUUUUGGAAUGGUUGACAGCUGGCCAGAAAAACGUUGGCUGUAAAAGAAGCAAAAUCUUUGAGCACCGGCGUGGCAGGCGAGCGGUGCCCAAGAGGGGGCAGGCAAAGAGUGGAGGGGCAAAGAGAGAGGAACGGGUGGGGAUGCGCAGGUAACGGAGGCUUGGAAGUUUGGGAACGAAAGAGGCGCGCACGAGACGGGCUGACACACUUGGGGACAGUAUGGGGCAGGGCAACCGGGGGGCCAACGGGCGGGGCGUUCGGGCAGGCAAGAUGCGUUGGGGUGGGCAAGAAAAGCAAGGUUUGGAGGGGCCGAAGACAGGGGUUAAGAGAGAUCAAGGGAAGGGGGGGGCAAAGUGCACGAGGGAGCGCAUUCAUUGUUGCAGCAACCAAGCAGAGGAGGAGCCGGGGAACAGGAAACCUGUUAGCAUGAAAAUGGGGGGGCGCCACGGGGGGAUUUCAGGCGCGCACGCAAGUACACAGAUUUGGCCAUGCAUGCAUUGUACUGUACCAGCAUGCUUAGUAAGCAAAGGUUCGUACUGAGGCAAAAUUAGGGCAACUGCGAGGGGUGUCUGCAGUGAGCGAUGGCAGGCAACAUACGGGAGGCAUGCCGCACUCUAAACGAAAACUAUCAGGCAAGGGGAGAGGAGAGUACAGCAUGCACACAUCGACGGCGCUAGGCAGGCCGCUGCACGGAUGCUCGCUACCUCUACUGAUCCUGCCAGCUCAGGCCAGCACCACCUGCGCGCCGGCGGCAGCCAGGCAGCUCGCGCUGCUUGCUGCGCUGCAGGUGACGGGGCAGGCUGCGGCGAUG